AUGACUGUUAUUAGACCAAGGAAACAGGGCAAGAAGUUUCAUGUCUCGAAACCCAAAGGAGGUAGAAAAGGAUAUAGAAAGUAUUUCCAUGAACAACCUUCUAAGAAAAUCGUUUUCGUUGAAGAACCUGAUAGCGAGGGUGACGAAGAAAGCAGUGAAGAAUUAGAAGAAGAAUUGGAGAGAACAUCAACAUCUGACAGUAGUGAUUACUCAAGUGAGGAAGAGUUUAGCGGAGAAGAUGAGGAUUUGGAGGAGGAUUAUGAAAUAUAUUUUGACGGUGGUAGAGAUGCCGAGACUGGCGAAGAAGUUUACUUAGUCAACUUGAGCGACUUAGAGCAGCUUGCAUCUGACGAAGACCUCGAUUUAUCUUCUGAGGAUGAAAUGACUGACUUGAAUGAUGAAUUAGAGGACGCAGUUGAUGUGUUGGAAGCUGAUGGCAAAGUGUAUGACUUGAACGAUGACUUACUCAGGUACUACGACGACGAGGACGAGGAUGAUGAAUAUGAAUCCUACGAUGAACCUGUAGAUAUUUUAGAUAUUGUUGACUUGAAUGACCAAUUACAAGCAGAGUUAAUUGCACAAGGAACGACAGGAGAAUCUUCAUCUUCAUCUUCACUGGAUUCUGAGCUUUCCUACAGUUCUGACGAAGAAUUAUUAAAUGACCAAUUGCAGUUAGAAAACGUGAGACAAAGCUGGCUCGAAGAUUGUGAAGAAUCGAGCUCUUCUAACUCCGAUUCUUCUGUUUCAGAUAUCGACAUGAUCCCAGAAUCAGAACUAGGAUCAGAGCUUUCAGAGUUAGAUGAAACUUCUUCGUCUGAUGAAGAUGGAGUAACUAUUUACGAACACAAAUUUGAUUUACCAGAAAGUUUCCAAAGUGAAAGUGAAAGCGAAUCUGAAUCUGAUAGUGACGAAACUUCUGAUGAAGAAUGUGAUGACGACCAUUGCUUAUUGACGGCAAAUGACUCGGAUGACGAAUUAGAAGUGAUUGACUUGUCAGAUGACUUGGAAAACAGCAAAGACUGCGAGUUAACUCAGAUUGACGACAACAUUUAUAAAUUGAAUCUAAGGAUUCCUUCUAUUGUUAAAGACGAAUUGAAGCUUGAUUUUUUGAAGUCUGAGAACAAAUUGAUCAUAAAAGGAAAAUUAAAUAUCAACAUAGACAGUGACUACGAAUCUGCUGACGAACAAUAUACUGAGUCCGAGUCAGACUCAGAGUCAGACUUAGAUUCCGAAGAUAGCGAAUCUUCUGAAUCAUCAUAUUCUGAUUCCUCAUAUAGCUCCUCUUCAGAUGACGAAGAAAUUCAUGAGGAUUAUCAUUCAUUAGUCAAAGAAUUCAAAAAUCAAGAAAUUCCAUUUGAGAAGCAUUUCACAUUCGAAGAACCUAUUAUUUUCGAAGGUAUUAGAGCUAAAUUUUUAAAAAAUGGCGAAUUAGAAGUAAUCAUUCCUAGUGAAGAAGCUAUUGGUGCGCAAGAUUCCGACAAAGUAGCCAUUGAAAUUGAUUCUGACAGCGAAGAUGACAGUUUCACGGAAGAAAUGGAAUAA